ACCCAGAGUCACUGGUAGGAAGGAAAUUCUUUCUGUGCUGAACAAACAAACAGCAGAUGACCAUCUCUGCACAUGAUCACAGUCACCGCAUAGUGAACUCAAUUAAACACAGGGCAUUUUUUUUAACCAGUUGUGGACUUCUUUUUCAAUUAUUUUAAGAUCUUUGAAACUUCUCCUCCCCCUUUCUGAAACAAAAGCCUUUUAAAGACCCUCCUACUACAUAAUUGUGUUCCACUCCAGCUUGUAUGCUGUGUAUGACAAAACAGUAAGAGAGCCAGCUGUUUGGGGUUUAAAGGAAAUAAACUGACUUUCUUAGCUUCCUUCUCCCAAAUCCUCCAAAAAUCUCACAGGACACAAAACAGAUCCAGCAGACUACACAUAUUUCCCCCUGGAUUCCUUGUUUUUCUGAAAAGGUCCAAAAACCUUCACCUUUCUUUUGAUACCACAGUGUCAGUAGAGACAACUGGCAGGGAAAAUAAACAUCAGGGAGCAUUGAACAUGGCGAGUGAUCUGUCUAAAUGCUAUCAUUGCAUGGUCUCCCUUUUUGGAAAGCGAUAUGCCACGAAAGAAGAACAUGCUUACUGUGUUAAGUGCUAUGACAGCCUCUUUGCUAACUUCUGUGAGGAAUGCAAGAAGCCCAUUGAAUGCGACUCCAAGGAUCUUGCUUAUAAAGGCCAACACUGGCACGAAGCGUGCUUCAAGUGUGCUAAGUGCAGUCAGUCUUUGGUGGAGAAGCCUUUCGCAGCCAAGGAUGAGCGCCUUCUGUGUACAGAGUGUUACUCUAAUGAGUAUUCCUCCAAGUGCUUCCAUUGCAAGAAAACCAUUAUGCCAGGUUCUCGUAAAAUGGAGUUUAAAGGAAAUUGUUGGCAUGAAACUUGCUUUGUUUGCCAACAUUGUCGGCAACCUCUAGGAACAAAGCCUUUGAUUACUCGGGAUGACAACAAUUACUGUGUGCCCUGUUUUGAGAAGCUAUUUGCUCAGUAUUGUUACUUCUGCAAAAAGGUGAUAACCGGCGGUGGCGUGACGUAUCAUGACCAGCCAUGGCACAAAGAAUGCUUCCUUUGUAGCGGAUGUGGCGAGCAACUUGCAGGGCAGCGGUUUAUUUCCAAAGACGAACACCCUUACUGUCUUGAAUGCUUUGGCAGACAUUAUGCAAAGAAGUGUGUGGUCUGUGCCAAACCCAUUACAGCUCUUGGUGGAGCCAAAUAUAUCUCAUUCGAGGAUCGCCAGUGGCACAGCGACUGCUUUAAGUGUGGGAAGUGUUCCAGCUCCCUGGUGGGAAAGGGGUUCCUGACCCACGGAGAUGAGACCCUCUGCUGCAAGUGUGGCAGUGCCAUAUAACUAAGCAGGCAUGUGGACUUCCUCUGCAUUUUCACUAUAAACAACAUGGCUUGACUGUCAGAAAUCUAUCCAAGAAAUAUAAGAAUUGUUUACUUAUGCAGACCACUUUCUGAUACAGCAUUUCCAUUGUAAGCAUCGACACCCCCUUGCCUUCUCAUUAGCAAUUUUAAACAGCAUCGGUUCUGUCAGAAAACCAGCUUCAAAUAUGUAUUCACAUGGGGGGAAAAUGUGUUUUUUAAAAUUUUUAUUUUCUUUGUAGUAGAGUGCACCCUACUGUUGGGAAUAGGAGUAGGUACAGUCUGCAAUACAGAUCUAUUCUGUGCUUACAUCCUAAUAAAGAGAGAUUAUAGGACCACUUUGUUGAAGAAACCAGAAUGAUACUUCUCCUGCAGCACAAAGCUGAUUGUAUCAUGUCAAUAUCUAUGCCCAUUUUGUACCUACAAAUCAGCGGUACGCGUGGGCAAGGAAGAAAACAAAAGAGCCAAAUAGCACAGUGUGUGCUGUAGAACAAAAGGCAGAGGGGAGGCCUGCGUUCUGCUACCUCUAGAGGUGUCUUUCCAUAUUAAAUUGCAGAAUCAAACCAUAAAAACAAGUCCUAAGGGGGAUGUAACAUAGGAGCUCUGUAGCUGUGGUGCUCAAUGGCAUAUUUCUUUCAAAAGAAAAGCCAGGAGAUAGGCUGUUGAAGGUCCUCAUUUGGGUUGGGAAUAAGAGAGUUUUAAUAUACACUGGAUAGCUCAGUGAGUUAAGUAUCUGACUGUGGAGUGAAAGGUUGGGAGUUUCAGUUUCCCACCGUGUUUCCCCAAAGAGCCAGCCUCUGUGGCCUUGGGCCAGCUGCACAGUCCCAAAAGGGCCCCCGGAAGAAGGGAAUGGAAAACCCAAGUGCUCUCUAACUAGAAAGCCCUAAAAAAAGAUUGCCAUAAGUUAGAACUGACUUAAUAGCAUACAGUAGUUAUUAAUGAGCGUGCGCACAAGCUAUUGGCUGGAUUAAGUGGAGAACACUGUGCCUAUAUAUAUAUAUAUUCCCCUGUAGACGGUGAGGUAAGUAAAGGUAUUUCACAUCAGGAAAUCAGGUGAGAGAAAAGAGUUCAGCCAGAACUUGGAGAAGGUAUGUUUUUGGACUACAACACCAUGAAUCUUGUAGCUAAUAAUGGACAAUUUGGGAACUGGUUGAGGGUUUCAAAGAACAGCUAGUUUGGUUUCCGAUAAAACAGUGGGGCUGACCUCUUUUUAGGUCCUCUAAUCCUGAAGUCACUGAUGUGGGAGUGAACCCCAUGAAUGCACUGGGCCUUACUCAGUGGAGUAACGGAGCCAGAGCUCACAGGAUUAAGUUUUAGGAUUU